AUGUGUUCCCGUAUGCCAGAUGUCAAAUUACUGGUAAGGAGUCAACAAUUUAUGAAUGACUUCAGGUUAGCUGGAAUGGAUGGACAUUAUGUUAUUAAUAGUACAGGUCAUAAUGUAUCUGCUUACUCACUUGGUAUAGAGGAACUAGAAAAAUAUUGUUAUGAUGAGAAGGUUGCUAAUUUUGCUCAUUUACUUAAAAUUGCUGCUAAUACACUUGGUUCUAGUCAAAAUUGUAUUGAGAAUGUUGAUCAAGAAUUAUCUAAAUCUACAAUAUUUUAUAUACAAAUAACUUUAUCUUUUAUUUUUUUAGCCGUAUGUAUUAUUGGAUCAAUUGGUAAUCUUUUAACUGUUCUAGUUAUCAAUAAAACUAAAUCACUUCAUAAUCAAACAAAUUAUUUUUUAGCAAGUUUGGCUUGUUCUGACUUUUUACUUAUUCUUGUUGGAGUACCAUUUGAUUUAAUAAGUAUAUGGCAUCCAAGAAGACAUUUAAAUAUUAGUUAUUAUUGUGAAAUAACAAGUACCUCAAUAUCAUUAUUUACAUUUGCUAGUAUAUUAGUUAUUGUCUCAUUAACAGUAGAAAGAUUUCUCGCAAUAUGUUAUCCAUUUAGUUUAAGGUCUAUAUUUGAUAAAAGAAUGGCAUUAAAUGUUAUAUAUGGUACAUGGAUUAUUGCUUUAAUACCUUCUAUUUAUAUUGGAAUGCAAUUUAAAAUAGUUAGUAAAGAUUUUUGUGGUUUUAAUAGAGAAAUUGAAUUUUUUACAGACUAUAAUGUACAAAGGUUAGAAAAUGAGACAAAUACUACAUUACAUGAUGAUGGAAUUUCAAAGUAUAGAGAAAAUAUAUUUGGAACUUGUGAUUUUGUAAGAAAUGAUAAUAGUAUUAUUAAUAAAUAUACAUUUGAAAUAAUGCUAGUUGUAACAUUUGUUAUUCCAGUUCUUUUUAUUGUUUAUUGUUAUGUACGAAUCCUUCAAACACUCUCUAACAUUUCAUCAUAUCACGUUCCAAUUUCAGCUAAAACAAGUAUUAUUAGUAAUGGAAAUUUCAAUGAAUCCAAUGGUCCUAAAUUUAAUCAAUCUAAUCAAGUGGUUAGUAACAAAAAUUUAGACCAAAUACCAAUAAAUAAUGGAAGAAAAAAUAUUAUGACUCAAAAAGAUUCAACAGUAACAGUUUCUACUCAAUUAUUAACUAUACACUCUGGAACAGAUAGAAUCCUUUCUAAUCAACGUGCACAAAAAGUUGUCAUGAAAAUGCUUAUAACAGUAACUGCCGUUUUUUUCUUAUGUUAUCUUCCUUAUCAUAUAGAACGAUUAAUUGUUAUUCAUGGAAAAGAUUUUUGUGAUAAUAGUAUUUGGUGUCGUUUAUUAUAUCCAAUAACAGGACUCCUUCAAUAUGUCAGUGCCAUGCUAAAUCCAUUCAUCUAUAACUUGAUGAGUGUUAGAUUUAGAAAUGGUUUCAGAACAAUUGUCAGAAAUAUAUUUGGUCGUGUUAAAGGAAAACAAUUUAAAAAAAAAAGUUGUACUGGGGAUGAAUUAAAAGGUCAGAAACGGAAAAAACUCGAUAUUUAA